AUGUCUUUGGAAGACUUCAAGGUAGCACCUAGGCCCAAAGUCCAGGGAACACAAAAGCUGGAUGAGCUGUUCCACUCCACACCUUUGGAUUCCUUUGGAUUCCUUUAUCUGCUUCUCAUUGCUGACCUACGUAAUGGGCAAUCCGGGCCAACCCAACUUGCCGCAGCGAACAUGUACAUGCACUCUCAUGACGAAGAGCGUUUGAAGAAGUUUGGAUACCUGAGAAUGUCUGAGCCAGAGUUCCACGGUGUCUUCGCUGAAGCCAUUGUUGCGGGGCAGCCUAUUUCCAAGGAAGACCCAGAGACCAUCACCAGCAUAGGAGAUGAACCCAAUGCGCCGUAG